GGCCAGCGCGCCUCCGCGCAGGCCCUCUCCGCCGCCUUCGAGGAGCUCUUCCCGGGGCAGGUCGACGCCCUCAUGGUCGACUUCUGGACCGAGAUUGUCGGCCGCCCGUUCGUCCGCUUCCCCGAGGGCUACUCGUUCCUCGCGAAGAACCCCCCGCUGUGGAGGGCCGCGUGGAACUAUGGCCGCUUCCCUGUCACCAGGCGGCUCACGGAGGAGUUCGCCAACGUCGUCGGCAACCGCAACUUCCGCAACGCCCUGCACCAGUUCCACCCGCACCUCAUCGUCUCCGUCCACCCGCUCACACAGUUUAUCCCCCUGCGCGUCCUGAGAACCCUGGACCAUCCCCCGCCGUUCGUCACCGUCUGCACGGACUUGGGCGGCGCGCACCCCACCUGGUUUCAUCGCGACGUCGACUUGUGCUUCGUCCCGUCGGACAAGGUGCGCAACAUCGCCAUGCGCUGCGGGCUCAAAGAGCCGCAGCUGCGCCAGUUCGGCCUCCCCGUACGCCCGGCGUUCUGGCAGGACAACACCGACAAGCCCGCCGUUAAACAGCAGCUGGGCUUAUCCACGCACUCGCCCACCAUCCUUAUCGUGGGCGGCGGCGACGGUGUUGGCGGUGUGGGCCGCAUCGCCCGCAGGGUUACCAGCCGAGUGUACGAAGACCUUGGUCCCAAUGGCGCGCAGGUAGUUGUCGUCUGCGGGAAGAAUAAGAGGCUGCACGACGAACUGCGAAAGUCCGACUGGCCUGUCCCGGUCGUUGUCAAGGGCUUUGUCAACAACAUGUCGGAGUGGAUGGCCGCGAGCGAUCUCAUCGUGAGUAAGGCGGGGCCGGGGACGAUUGCAGAGGCACUCAUUCGGGGGCUGCCCAUCGUGUUGUCAGGCUUCCUGCCGGGGCAAGAGGCCCCGAAUGUAAAAUAUGUCACGGAGGCCGGCGUGGGUGCGUUUAGUAAGGACCCCGAGGCGAUCGCAGAUAUCGUCACGGAAUGGGUUUCGGAUCCAGCGGAACUCGCAGAUAGGUCGAAGAGGGCAAAGGUCAUGGGGCGGCCAAAUGCUACGUACGACAUUGUUCGCGAGAUUGCCAAGUUGGUCGAUUUGGAGGAGGUUGCGGCCCUCGGGGCGCCGAUAGUCUAA